UCACAGCGACAGAGGUUGCCUCAACCACACAUUCAUUCACACCCUUCAGCCCAACCGUUGCCAAAAACCGUGCCUAGUCAGUCUUAUCGAUUAUCUGUACUCUGCUAUUUCGUUUCACACACAAGCAGACCAAGAAGAAACUAUCCUAGCUGCAAAUCCGAUAUGGCCUGCAUCCCCAUUUUGAUUCUACUAUCCUUGAGUUCAUUCUGCAAAUCCGAUGACCAGCUCACAUAUGCAAAGCCACUCGCAUCAGGAGAGACUCUCGUCUCCAAGGGCGGCGAUUUUGCGCUUGGCUUCUUCUCCCCGACCAACUCCAACAGUAGCCUCUACCUUGGCAUAUGGUACCACAGCAUCCCCAACCACACAGUUGUGUGGAUUGCAAACCGCAACAAACCGAUCACCUCCUCUGUUUCUCCAAAGCUUGCCAUCACCAACACUUCUGGCCUGAUCUUGUCUGACUCCCAAGGCCAAACUGUUUGGGCAACCAACAACAAAAUCACUGCUGGAGUUACCGGAGUUGCUGCAGUGAUCCUCGACACGGGGAACUUGGUCCUCCGGUCAUCCAACGGCACAGUCAUAUGGCAAAGCUUUGAUCACCCAACGGACACCCUCCUUCCCGGCAUGAGGUUCGUGCUAAGUUAUAAAAAUCGUGUGGUUGGGCGUCUUGUUGCUUGGAAGGGCCCUGACGACCCUUCCAAUGGAGAUUUUUCAUUUGGCCUUGACCCCAGUUCAAACCUUCAGCUUGUAAUUUGGCAUGGAACUAAGUUGUACUACCGCACCAUGGUUCGGAACAGUAUAACUGUAGGUGGAGGAACCUAUCGGAGCAACACCACCUCCAUCUUUUACCAAACAGCCGCUGACGUUGGAGACGAGUACUGCUAUGUGUAUACAGUCUCCGAUGGCUCACCAUAUGUGCGUGCGAUGCUUGACUACACUGGAAAAAUGAAGACAUUGAGUUGGAGUAACUCCUUGUCUUCAUGGACAGUCAUCGGCGAGGUCCCCACUGCCUGCGACUUCUACUCCUCGUGUGGCUCAUUCAGCUAUUGUGAUUUCACUGCAACUGUCCACACAUGCCAGUGCCUUGAUGGGUACGAAAUUGAUGGUCUUGACUUCUCCAGAGGAUGUCAGAGAAUGGAACCUCUGAAAUGUGGAAAGCCAAAUCAUUUUGUGGCUUUGCCUGUGAUGAAGGUCCCGGCCAACUUCUUGCACAUCAAGAACAGAAGUUUCGACCAGUGCACGGCUGAGUGCAGCAGCAAUUGCUCGUGUACUGCAUAUGCAUAUGCCAACUUGAGCAGUGACGGCACCUUUGAAGACCCGUCAAGGUGCUUAGUCUGGACAGGGGAGCUUGUUGACACAUGGAAGUUCAGCAACAAUGGCGAGAAUCUGUACCUCCGGCUUGCUGACUCUCCAGAUCAAAAGAACAAUUUGGUAAAGGUUGUACCCCCGAUUAUUGCAAGUCUGGCGAUACUGACAUGCACAGCCUUUGUAACAGUAUGCAUAUACAGAGGCAAGUGGCGAAACAAGGAAAUCGAACAGAGACAGAUGUUAAGAUAUGUCAGCUCUUCUAAUGAAAUUGGAGGCGAAUAUGUGGGGUUUCCCUUUGUUAGCUUCCAAGACAUUGCUACAGCAACAGAUAAUUUCUCUGACUCCAACCAAAUUGGAAGGGGAGGUUUCGGCAAAGUUUACAAGGGGUUGCUGGAAGGUGGCAAGGAAGUUGCUGUUAAAAGGCUUAGUGAGGGUUCUAGGCAAGGUAUUGCGGAGUUUAAGAAUGAAAUAGUUCUAUUUGCUAAAUUGCAGCAUAAAAACUUAGUCAGACUUCUUGGCUGCUCCAUUCACGGAGAUGAGAGACUACUGAUCUACGAAUACUUGCCCAACAAAAGUUUGGAUGUUUUCCUUUUUGGUGCUGCAAGACAAUCUGUGCUUGAUUGGCCCACACGAUUUAAGAUAAUUAAAGGUGUAGCAAGAGGGCUUCUUUAUCUCCACCAAGAUUCACGAUUAACUAUCAUUCAUAGAGAUCUCAAAGCAAGUAAUGUUUUGUUGGAUACAAAAAUGAAUGCCAAAAUAUCAGAUUUCGGCAUGGCAAGGAUCUUUGGUGAAAACCAGCAGCAUGCCAAGACUACGCGAGUUGUUGGUACAUAUGGUUACAUGUCACCAGAAUAUGUGAUGGGAGGUGCCUUUUCUGUAAAAUCAGACACCUAUAGCUUUGGUGUACUUCUCUUGGAGAUUGUAAGUGGUUUCAAGAUCAGCUCAUCAGAACUCAUGACCAACUUCUCCAACCUUAUAGCUUAUGCAUGGAGACUAUGGGAAGACGGAAAGGCCGCUGAAUUGGUGGAAUGUUCAGUCAGAGAGAGGUGUCCUCUAGAAGAAGCUUUACGGUGCAUUCAUGUAGGACUCUUGUGUGUUCAAAACUAUCCUGAUGAUCGCCCCCUAAUGUCUUCCGUUAUAUUUAUGUUGGAGAACGGAAGUGCACUGGUUCCAGCACCAAAGAAACCCGCAUAUUAUGCUCUAGGUAAUCGAGAAGUCGCAGAAACUACAGAACAGAUGGAAAAUUCUGCGAACGGGAUAAGCAUCACAACUCUAGAUGGCCGUUAAAUGUUUGCCACCUUCUAGUAGAGCUAGUUGUGUACUAUGAUCUAUUCUCUGUGGAUAUUUAAUGUGUCGGUUUGGACAUCAUCGGUAUUAUUUUCGGUA